AUGGACGAUAUGGAGGUUGCUUGCAAGUCUGUUAUUCAUUUAAUGAAGGUAUGGGUUGCACAUCUGUGUGUAAUGGUUCGAACUCUCAUCCAUGACUUGCUUCUCCUCUUCUCUACAGAUCUCAAUUACGAAAUCUACAAGGACGAUAUCACCUUCGUUGAUCCUCUGAACAAGUUCACUGGAAUCGAAAGCUAUACAGCUCAUCUUCCGAGCAUUACCGUUUCAAGGUCGUAUCCUAUUCAAAGACAUAUCGUUGGAGAUUUUCAAGGUUUGGCAUGCAUCGAAGAACCUAAUUUAGAUCGGAUGGUACCUCAAAGGAACCCCUAG